AUGGACUAUAGACACGUAUCUGAGAAAUGCAAGGAGCUCUCCGUGCCUUGCUCGGACUCCAACUCCCUGCUAGCCUCAGUUUCUGGCACCAAUUCCUGUUCCUCGUCUUUGGCUGGACAACGGGCUGGGACAACCCUGGGGAGACCAGCUGCUGCCAACGCAGCCCGAGAGCGCAGCCGAGUGCAGACCCUACGGCAUGCCUUCCUAGAGCUGCAGCGAACCCUGCCCUCCGUGCCACCUGACACCAAGCUCUCUAAACUGGACGUGCUGCUUCUGGCCACUACUUACAUUGCUCACCUCACCCGCAGCCUGCAGGAUGAAGAGGAGCUGCCUGGAGAGAGCUUGGGCAUGCUGAGAGGAGAUGGCUACCUUCAUCCGGUUAAGAAAUGGCCAAUGAGAUCAAGAUUAUACAUUGGAGCCACAGGACAGUUUUUGAAUAACCCCAUGCAAACAGAUAAUGCAAAUCAAGGAGAAACAUCAGCAAAUUCACAAAUGUAA